AGCCAAAAUGGGUAGGAAAAUAGUUUUUAAAUCGAUAUAUAUUUACCCCAUUUUAAAAUCACAGUCGUUUUGAUGUCCGACGCCGCUAGAGUUGGCGCUUGAAUCAUAAGUGAAGAGUGGCGAAGUGAAAAUUUGUAAAAUUGUUAACCAUGGCGUCCCGAUUGCAGGAGAUCGAAGCUGAUGAAUCUGUACUCUUGCGCGUAACACAUGCCAAUCUCAAGUCCUUCACUUCUGAUGUUCGUUUUUCCCUUCAGAUGAGCAUAGAAUCUGUCAAGGAAAAGCUGUGGAAAAAAUGCGGUACUUCUGUAAACUCCAUGUGCCUUGAACUCUAUGAUGACUCCGGUGCUAAAAUUUCUGAUUUGACGGAUAAUUCCUUGCCCUUGGGAUUUUAUUCCCCCCUAGAUGGGUACCGGCUACAUAUUAUUGAUCUUGACCCCUCAUCAGUUACUUCUGGUGGUUGGCUUGAAGAUACCUCACUAGUGGAGAAGUACCAGAUUUCUGAAGAAGCUUACGAUAAACGUGAUGAUACAUUCCGAAAAUUCAAGGAAAAAUUGGCAUCCCAGAACCCAUCAGCUUUUGAAAGUAAAAUAUCUGAUACCUACAUGGAAGAACUCUGUGCAAAUAUCAAGGUAGGUGAUAGAUGUGAAGUUGAACCAGGGGAGAAGAGGGGUGUUGUAAAAUUUGUUGGCCGGGCUGAAUCGCUUGCUCCUGGAUUUUGGGUUGGAGUUCAAUAUGAUGAACCAUUGGGGAAAAACGAUGGCAUGGUAAAAGGGAUCCGCUAUUUUGAUUGUCCUCCUCUUCAUGGUGCGAUGGUUAGGCCAGACAAAGUGAAGGUUGGCGACUAUCCCGAACGGGACCCCUUUGAUGAUGAAGAAGACGAGAUAUAAGAAGUUCAAGAACAAAUCGCUGUCUAUGCCUACGGUUUGUAACAUUCUGGAGCUAACCAGCCUUUUUUCUGAAGCCUUAAUGAAAUAUUGAUUUAUUUUAGAAGUAAUUUAAAGACAUCUGAGCUUCAGAUGCUGGCUGGUUACAAGCUUUCUUGAAAGAAGUUAUUUUUCGGGGAAUUCAUUGAAAGAAAAUGACGGUAAGAUCUCCAGGUCUUCAGUGAUCGUCGUGUCAAAAACCGUUGCGGUUUUUCUAUCGGGUGUUACUAAUUGUACUGCAGUUGAAACUUUUAAAAAGGAAAAAUUAGAUAGCAUUGAACUAAGAUUUUGUAUUUUAUUUCUGCUUGCAAGUUUGUUCAGUUGUUUUGUAUUGUAAUGCAGGUCCCUCUUUUGAUAUACCUAUAGAAGGUUUUGUUUCGUGCGAGUA